ACGGCAUCCUGGGGGACAAGAUCUUGACAUACAAACUGCAGAUAGCCCAAACACAAACUCGAGAAACCCGCGGCAGAAGCAGUGGGCCGAACAAGGCUAGCCCGCAGGGCAUGGUCUGGCAGAGGUUCAUUGAUCAAUGUAAAACUCUGAAGGGAUCGAAACGCGCAUGCCGCAAAUGGAUGACCAUGGCCUUCGACGUUGAGGGUCGUUUUGAGCUCCUCCACGCGGAGUGGACAUUGUUCGCGCAAUUCUUCUACAAGCUCUCGACCGAGAGCGAGCAGGCGGCAAUGCUGUUCAUGAACACCGAACGCCGCAAUCGUGGUCUGGACACAAGCAUCUUGAAUGGAAGUGCGACUUCCGUUGCUGCGCAGGAGCGUUCAUUAUUCGCCGAGGAGAAGCCACGUCGCGCGCGAAAGCGCAAGCGGCGGCGCAAGGACGCAGAGGGGGAGGGCGAACGAGUGGCCAAGACGCCAAAGCUGUCGAAGAAGUCGGGCAAGAAGCGUGCUAAAUCGCCGGAACCUGUUGCUCAGCCCUCGAGCCCACUAUCGUCUGUAUCCUCUCCGGAACUCCCAUUAGCGGAGUCACAUCUCGCGAACAGAGUUGUGGCUGAAGCGUCGAAGGAUGGCCACAAUCGACAACACUCGUGUCCUACGCCGCGGGAUGUAAAUUUACCCCCGUCGGUCACCUCUACUAGGAAGGAUGGCAUGGGCGCGUCAACACCCUCGACACAGCGUCUGACGACCCCCGCUGGUGUAGACGACCAGGACAAGCCAGAACCUGAAGACGCUACUAUCCAGAUCGAUGUGUCGCUGAACGCAGAGCCUUCGACAUCGAAAGCUCGUGUGUUCAACUCUGACACAGGCGAAGUGGCUUGCCAGUCGACUGUUUCAGAUGAAGGUGGCAAUGCCGACGAAGUCCAAGCGCAAUUGAACGUCAAUCAUGAUAUAGAGCAUCGCCAUGGCGCUUACAGUUUCGUGGAGGUUGAGCCUAAAGUCGAGGACGUUGAGAUGCGGUUAGCCACCUUCGAAGAUAUUCAAGAGCUCCCUGUUCCGCUACAGCUCUGCGACAACCUUCCCCUCAUAUCAGCUGCCUCUCACUCAGCAGUGCGAGACCAACCACCGCCCGUUCCGAAGUUGCCUCUGCCACGGAAGCCGACUAUCUGGGCCCAGACUCGGCAAGAGGUCUGCGAGUCUUUCCCGUGGUUCCGGAGCUUUCAAGGCGGUGUUUACCACAAUGACAACGUCGUGAAAGGAUAUCUUCUCAGUGGUCAUCCUGCCGAACGAGACAGAUUCGAACAAAACGGGAAGUUCAUCAUCUCGCAUGGAGGCGGAAAAUCCGAGAGCAUGGCCAUGCAAGACGGCAAGCUGACCGUCGUCCCCGCGCAAGACCAGAGCGAGAACGACCGGUCGGUGAGGGCGCUCUUGCACACCUACCUCGAGAAACGGCCCAUCGUCCUCCUUCUGGACGACAACUACCGACUCUUCCCAUACGAUCUUAAGGCGCAUGGCAUCGUGUACGCUGUGCUUGGGCUUUACUUUAUCAAGCACGCGUGGGCGGAGCGUCAGCCAGCCGGCCCUUCUACUCCAGGUGGUACUGUCGUACGGUUCAAAUUUGCCUUCCAGUGGUGCGAAGGCCAGGAUGCGCCGUGGUGGUCGCCUCCUCCCCUCGAACUUGGCUUAGUGACACCUAAGCCGGAGCGUGAUACGCCGAGCUGCCCUAUCGAACCCGCAACGACGGAUGCCCGACGCCGCCCUCCAGUUCCCAAGAGGAAGAAGAAGAGAACGAACUUUGUUGCAUUAGGCCAAAUAUGCCAACGGCCCGAUAGAUCAUACCUCUGCCCGACCUGCGGGAAGCGGUCGACCCUGGUGUAUCGCAGCCAUAUCUGCCUGUACCCUCAAUGUCAAGCCUUCUGGCUCGUCGACGGCGUCCACCCUGUCGCGCCAAACAACUUGAAGGCUAAUCCAGACCUCGCGACGCUUGAUGAUCCCUGCUGGGUGCCCGAGAACAUGCGCGACGUUCGACCGCCCCCUCCCGUCAAAUUGGACCUGCUGUGCAAGCCUGGGAUCACGACCACGGAACCCUUCACGCAGGGUUGGCAUUGUAAGCAGUGUGGGCGAUUGUCUUGUCGGACGUACUGGGACAGGUGGGAGUGCCCCGCGUGUAACGCACCUCCAGUGCCGGUGAACGCGCUUAUACGGGACGCAAAAGACUUCGCUUGCCUGCCAACGAAGGUCAAGAUGGACUGGCUUCACAGCAAGGUCUACUCAAAGGGUGAUAUCGAGCGCUUGCCAAUGCGUCCCUUCACCAACGACGAGGGUAUCAUCAUAGGCAACUACCAGGCUUUCAAGUUCACCGACGGCUCUGGCACCCUCUACCACAUCAAGUCGACGACCAUCGUCGGACAACAGGAGGCCCAACAUGUAUUCCGGCAGUACCAACUGGACGCCAACAGCGGCUCCCUCAACUUCCAGCGGCUGCCUCUUAGAUCGCACAAGCUACGAGGCGCUUGCCUGGCGCAUUACUUCUCGCACAACACCGGCAAGCCAUAUCAUUACGUCGGCGGUGGUGCCAACACCACGCCAUGGAAACAGGCGCCUGAAGCUGUCCUGGCCGCGCGUGAGCUGAUGCACAAGCGCAUCCGACAAGCCCUUGGUCGCCAAGAAUCGUUCAACGAGGUGCUAAGCGCCGCAUACAUGGAGAGCCAGAAAAUGGCGUUCCACAGCGACGCAGAAGCCGGCCUCGGGCCGCUCGUCGCUGGCCUCUCUUUGGGCGCGCCGGCGUUCAUGCACUUCCGUCGGGUUCCCAAGACGAAGGAGGCCCUUGACGGACAGAAAGGAAUCCUUCUCUCGUUCAAGCUGGAGCACGGCGACAUCCUAGUCAUGGACGGACCUCGGAUACAACUACGAUACCAACACACCGUCGUACCUACGAACUUUCGCAUCGCAGCGACCGCGCGGCAGAUAGGCGACUGAACGAUCUCAUUUACCAAUCACCAGCGUACUCGUCAACCCCCAGCCUUGAUUGACUACCCUACGACGUCUACUCUAGUAUUACUUUGACAAUGAAGACGCGCCGCCCAAGCGCUCAGCAUCGACGCAGCGUGGCAUGUUGAC